AUGGAAGACGUAGAACGGAGUCGAGUUCGACGAGAAAUUUCAUCAUCGUUCAGAAUUAAUGCCCUUGAAGCGAAAAAGGAGGUUUUGGAUAUUUGCGUGGAAGCAAUUCAUAAAUUCGAUAAAGAAAAACGAAAAAAGUGGAUGACGAAGAUUGUAGAGACCAUCAGGAAGCAAUCACUGUCGACAUCGGUUGUCACUCAGGACGUAAUACGUGAAGUCUUUUCGCAAAUAUCUAAUCGUGGAGCACAGCAGAGCACCUCGAUAUUCAAUGUAUUUGAUUCCUUCUCUAUACGUCGAUUUGUAUUUGACGCUAAUUGUCGAAAAAUGAUGCUUGUUGACGAGUCUCCCAAAGUAAUAUCUACGGUGGACAAGGCAACGGAUGCAAUCAGGCACAGAUUCCAGCUUGUGACUCAGCGAAUAGCUCGGUGUAAACAACUGCAAAGCAUCAAGUUCAGUACAAUCGAGUCUCUCCUAGGUAGCGCCAGGGUGCAGAACGAUGUCAUUGUUAUUGGCAUGCUCACGCAGCAGAAAAGUCAUUGCUAUCAUAUAGAAGACUUAACAGGAUCAAUGCAAGUGGAAUUUAGUGAAGAAACUCGUUUCCAACAGGGAAUUUUCACCGAAGGAAGUAUAGGGAUUUUCCAGGGUACGUACGACUCAUCGUUGCUCACUGUUCGAGAAGUCGCAUCGGUACCUCUGGAAUCAGCAGAAGAGACACGUGCUGUUUUCGGUAAUGCGAAUUGGUUCGGCGGUGAUGAUCCCAUUGCCUUCCGUUGUAAUCCUAAGUUGUGUGUAGCCGAACGAAGCAAUCCAAAUGCUCAAAUUGUGUUUUUGUCGGAUGUACACCUGGAUAAUCCCAGAGUUAUGCAAGCAGUAUAUCAUAUGCUGUCAGGGUUUUCUGCUGAUGCUCCUCUGGCUUUCAUUUUUUGUGGAAAUUUCUGUUCACGAUCGCGGCAGCGGGAUACCAUGGAAUUACUUCAUUCAGGUUUUCGAAGAAUGGCAAAUCAAUUGAAUGACUUUGCAUCCUCUUUCACAUCCACCCAUUUUGUGUUUGUUCCCGGCCCGGACGAUCCAUGUUUGAAUAUGAUGUUACCCCGUCCACACCUUCCAAGUGUGCUUUUCAAAUACUUUGAGCAGAUUCCAAACUGUAUCUUCGCAACGAAUCCUGUCCGGAUACAGUAUGCUAGCCAGGAGAUAGUUGUCUUUCGAAAUGACCUCAUUGAAAGGAUGUGCAGGCUCGUGCAUCUAUCACCACUACCGGCACAUGUCUCACCGGUUCUGUGGGAGUUCGAUCAUGUGAUGAGUUUACACCCAUUGCCCGACUUACUUGUUGUUGCCGACAAAUUCCGGUCAUUUGCUGAGCUGCAAGCAGGUUGGUAUUGUUGGGUGUUUAUAGACAAAAACGGGUAA